GGCGUCCUGACACGGCGUGUGCAGCAACAGUUCCCUUACUAAACAUGAAAAAUAUUUGUUUUUAAAAUCGUUUUUUAUUCUUCUUCUCUCUCCUGAAUUGUUACUACAGAACAGACUAGAAAAUGAAGUUAAAGGCCAAACCGCUCUCUCACAAAUCAGAGAACACGUAUCGGUUCCUCACAUUUUCUGAAAGACUCGCGAAUGUGAACAUCGAUGUGAUCCAUCGGAUUGAUCGGACUGGAAGUUACUCUGAGGAGGUAGACACCUACUUCUUCGAAGGUUUGAUGAAAUGGAGAGACCUGAACCAGACAGAUCACUACACGGCCUUUAAGAAGGAGGUUUCCUACAAGAGUCAGUCCUUCCACAUGUUAGUAUUUCACCAAAAUGGCAUAGUGGAGAGUCUGAAGACUCAUCUGAUGGUGAAGAACAGCCACGCUUACCAACCACUUCUCGACCUCGUGGUCCAGUUUGCACGCGACCUUCAGACAGAUUUUUACCCUCACUUUCCUGACUUCUUCGUCAUCAUCACCUCACUGCUUGAGACCCAGGAUACUGAGGUGCUGGAGUGGGCCUUUACCUGUCUCUCCUACCUCUAUAAGUACUUAUGGAGGCUGAUGGUGAAGGAUAUGAACAAGAUCUACAGUCUUUACAGUAAACUUCUGGCACACAAGAAAGAGCACAUCCGUAACUUUGCAGCUGAGAGUUUUUCCUUUUUAAUGAGAAAGGUUCCAGAUUAUGAUGCUCUGUUCACACUGAUGUUUGUGGAUCUGGAACAGUGUCCUCAGAAGGCACAGGGGGUCGGGCAGCUCAUCUUUGAGAUGUGUAAAGGAGUCUGCAAUAUGUUCCACUCUUGUACCAACACAGCUUUACCAAUAGCACUCCAGAAACUCGGCCCGUCUGGGGGAGGAGAUGUUCCUCUGCCCUGGGAUGCCAUUAAAGAGGCUCUCGAUCACAUGGCUGAGUCUUCAGCCAAUUAUGUCACAAAGGAAAACUUCCUGGUUCUUUGGGAUUCGUUGCAGGCUUGUGUGAAAAACUUGAUCCCGAAGGUGGAGGCAGGGCAUUCUGACCAAAUCAGUGAGCACAUUGAAAGAAUCUUGUUUAUUUACCACACCGUGGUAGAGCACAGAAAAGGAGCCAAGAUCACCAAGCCACAGUCUGUCUGUGAGUUGCUUCUUCAGCUGGUCCAGACUCGAGGUCUGUCCUACUCCUGCCACAGUUUGCUGCUUCAAGUGAUCUCAUCCUUUCUGCUUGGAGAGAACCUGUCUUUACCAGCUAGUUUGAUUCAAGAACUUUUGAAAAAGGUCUUCACCAGUGGGAUUGAUCGAGAUCUUAUUUUGUCGUUUGCCAAAGACAUGUUCAGUAUGAAGCAAUUUGAGCAGCUGUUCCUGCCCAGCAUGCUACAGUUUGUGGAGCAGCUUUUCUCCAGUGAUGACUCUGUGAACAGACUGAUGGCUCUGGAGGUGCUAGUAAGGCUAAUCCUGGUUAAAGCACAGCCUCCUACUGAUGGCUCAAUGGCCUUUGAGAAGUACCCACUGAUCUUCACUGGGCAGUCUGGAGGGUUGUAUGGGGUGGAUAAGGGACAGGCAGCAUCUGUUCCUCCGCUUAUUCUGUCCCUCAUAGAUGUCCCAGAAGAUAGGAUAUUCUCAGAUCUCUCUCAAAUCUGGGCGGCCCUGGUGCUUCUUCCUCACCUCAGGCCCCUGGAGGCAGCAAGCGUGAUUCCUCCUCUCACUGCCCUGUUGAACCGACUGUUACAUGAGGUGCACAGUGAAAAACUCGGAAGAGGUGGGCUGUUUGUGGCACGACAGGCUCUAACCACACUGCUGAGCUUUAAGGAAACUGCGCUUGUGUGGUCCCUGCUCCCAGAUGAGCUCGUCCGCUCCAUCAUAGAGAAGUUUCCCACUGAUCUUUCUGCCCUGCUGCUGGUUGACCUGUACUACACAAGACUCUCUCUCAAUGGAUGCUCAGGCCAGCUGUCUCACAACUCACUACAAGAGCUAUAUCAAAAGUUGCGUUCCAAUUUUUCGUCUAACAUCUCAAAGAUUCGCCUCCUGACGUUAAGAAUUAUGUCCCACUUUGAGGCAGAGCUUCCAAAGCCAGCAGAGGGAGACGACAGCUCAAGCACACAGACGGUGUUUGCCAUCUGCCUGCAGGCCGAGCAGGUUCCAGCCACAGUGCAGGAUUACAGAGAGAAGCUGCUACAUUUGCGUAAACUGCGUCAUGAUCUAGUGCAGCCAUGCCUCCCUAAAGGGCCUUUCCACCCGGUUCCCCUGCGGUACCUCAUUGCAAUGCUGUUUGUUAAUUUUAGACCGUUAUGGGAUGCUGUUAUUGACCUUCUGGCGUCCCAUGCCAGAGAUAUGGACAACAAAGAGUUCUGGAAUGUUUACUAUGAACAUUUGGAGAUGGUUGCUGGUCUGGCAGAGGAUGAGCUUCAGCAGCAGCAGCAGGAGGAGGGGGAGGAGGAGGAGGAUGAUGGUGAAGGUUCAAUGCUGGGCCCAGGGACAGAUGUGAUCUGCAGCGGUGAUGUUGGUUGUCUGUUUCUGGAGCAGUUGGAGCAGGUAAACAGCCAUAGUGAUCGCACAGACUUCACUAACUAUCGUAACUUGCUGUGGAGAGCCAUGAGCCAGUUCCCUGACAGAGUGGAACCACGGAGCAGAGAGCUCAGCCCACUGCUGCUGCGCUUCAUCAGGAAUGAGUUCUAUCCUGCUGACCUGCUAGUAGCUCCGGUUCAGAAUUUGAUGAAGAUUAGCCACAGAUCCACACAAAUCACAUCUGAGAGUGAAAAGGAGGAUGUGAAGAUGAAAAAUGUGGAGGAGGAAGAAGAAGAAGAAGUAGAAGUGGAGGAUGAGUCCCAACAAGCUGGGAAAAAAAUACCAAGGAGAGCUGCAGCCAAACAACUUAUUGCACAUCUUAAGGUCUUCUCCAAGUUCACCAAUCCCAAAGCUUUAUACUUGGAGCCUGAAUUACUGCAGCUGUACACACAGCUCCUGUGCCAUAAGGACCAGCAAAUUCAGAAGGCAGCUCUGGACUGCUUAAUGACUUACAAAGACCCAAGCAUUCUUCCUUACAAAGAGAAUCUGGAGAGACUACUGGAUGACAAGCAUUUCAAAGAUGAAAUUGUUCACUUCAACAUCUCUGAGGAGGGAUCAGUGGUGCUGGAUAUGCACCGCUCUCAACUCAUGCCUGUGCUAAUGAGGAUCCUGUACGGGCGGAUGCGCACUAAAGUUGGUAAUAAGUUCCAGGGCAAAGCUGCCACUGCAUCACGCUCUUCCAUCGUGCUGCGCUUUCUGGCAGGUUGCCGGCCAGAGGAGCUGGCUGUGUUUAUUGACCUGCUGCUGGAUCCUGUGUGCCAUCACAGCCAAGGAACAUGUCUAGGUGCAGUAGAGAGGGCCAUGGCUGAGACAGACUCCUCCUCAGUGCUCCCUCUGGGUCGCCAGCAUGCACUGCUCAACAUUAUAGAUGUAGUGCUGCAUAAACUGGGCCACCUUUUACAAAAUUACUUGCCCAAGCUACUGCAGAUUCUGCUGUGCAUCACUGCCUCUGUGGCCUUGCUGCUGGAACAUAGAGAGCAGCUGAAACCUGGCUGUGUUGGCCCCCUGAAGAACCUGAGGCGACUGGGACUUCUGCGCAUCCAAGACUUCUUUGACAAAUUCGAAUCAUACCAAUUCACAGCUGAUGAAAUUGAUGCCAUAUUUCACGCUAUUGUCUGGCCUCAGGUGUGCCGUUUGCCCUCAGAGAGCCCCUAUGCUCCCACGCCACUCCUGAAAUUGAUCCAUAUCUGGAGCAUGAAUGUUAGGUAUUUCCCUUUGCUGGCUAAGCAGAGACCAGACCACCCGGAGUGUGACAUCCUGCUCAACGUCUUGGCUCUACUGUCUUCCAAAAAUGUCUCUCCUAAAACAGCAGCCAUGGUAAUGGACAUCUGUGAGAAUUUACUGAACACACCAGACUUUACACCUUCUGAGACGGAGGAAGAGACUGAGGCAGAGGCAGCGACAGUGACACCGCUGAGCGUCAAUGGGUGUGUUAUUCCUGAGCUAGUGCCUGGUUCAGACAUCACUAAAGAGUCUUUGACUAUAGGUUCGAGGCUGCUCUUACCUCACAUCCCUGCUGUACUUCAGUACCUCGGUGGAGUUGUGCGCAACUCUGAUCGCCUUAAAAAGAAGAAAUUCCGAGCUCAAGUUAGCAAGGAGCUUAACAUCCUGUCCAAGAUCAGUCGAUUUGUCGCUGAUAAGGAACAGAGCUCAACGCUUGUACGUCUUCUGCUGCCGUACCUCCAUAAGCCAAACAUUGCUGAGGAGACCGAGUUGGACAUUCUCAACACAGUGCAGAACCUGCUUAGGCAAUGUUCAGAACCCACGGUCUUCCUGAAGCCUCUUAGUAAACUCUUCUCCAACGUACGCAACAAGCCAUGCCGUAAAGUCUUGUGUGAGAUAUUCAAGACACUGUCUGACCUGGACAAUGAACUGAAGUACAUAGCCGAUGUUGUUGUUGAGCUUAAUGCAUUUGAUAGUCGGCAUCUAGAUGAGAUUCACUUCGAUGUUCGCCUGAUGGCAUUCCAGAAGUCGGUCAAACACAUUGAAGAGAUGAAAACACUAGACAUAAGAUACCUCAUGGUCAUCAUGCACAACUGCUUCCACUCUUUUGAAACUGGGGACAUGUCUCUGGCAGACAGCGCCAAUUUAUGUCUAUCAGCUAUACUCAAGCAGCUGGCUGCAGUGGGCUGCAUGGAACAGGAUUACAAAGAGAUUGUGCAGUACACUGUUUUAGAUGCCGUUAGGAGAGGAUUAAAGAGCAGGACAGAGAGUGUAAGGAACGAUUACACUUCAGUUCUGGCUUGUCUGGUCAAAACCUUCCCCAAUCGCUCAGAAUUUAGAGACCUGGUGCAGCUCACCAACUACUCGGAUCCUGAGUCAGACUUCUUUGAGCACAUGAAGCACAUACAGAUACAUCGUAGGGGACGAGCGCUCAGAAAGUUUGCCAAACAGCUGACAGACGGCAUAGUGGUGAUGUCUUCCCGCUCCAUGCAGAACUUUAUCAUGCCCUAUGCCAUGAUUGCACUAUUUGAUGAGAAACUCCUGAAGCAUGAAGCUAUGACCUCCGCAGCAGUCGAAGUUAUUGGCGCAGUCUGUAAACGCCUGACCUGGUCUAAGUACCUCUACUACCUCAAGCACUUUAUCCAUGUGCUCCAAACAGGAAUAGUUGAGCAGAAACUGGCUGUAAGUUUGCUGCUGAUUAUUCUGGAAGCCUUUCACUUCGACCAGGAAAGUCUGAGCAAAGAAAUCGAGGCAGCCAAGAACAAAAAGGCAGAUGAGCCAAGUAUUCUGGAGGUAGAAGCAGAGGAAGAGCAAGCAGAAGUUAUGGAUUCAGAUGAAAGUGACAUGGAGGAUGCCAUGGAGACCAAUGAUGCUGAUGCUGUUGCCACAGAAGCUGAUGGAAUGGACACAGGUGACGGUGACUCCACCAAGAUCAAAAAAGGCACUGAGGCUAAGCCGAGGAGAAGGCCCCCUGUUGUUAGCAGUGGCCUUCCACAGAGUGAAGAGGAACUGAAGUCUCUUAUCUCCUCCAUUCAUAAGACUGUCACUCAGAGUGUCUUGCCCAGAUUACAAAAAUGCCUAACAGCCAAGGUAAAAAGAGAUGAUGAACACAAGACGGUGAAAUCAAAGGAAGUUAAGGAUGAGGAGGUGGUAAGAGUGCCAAUCGCCUUUGCUAUGGUCCGCCUCAUGCAGACUCUUCCACAGGAAGUUAUGGAAGCCAACUUGCCUGGGAUACUCCUCAAAGUGUGUGUCCACCUAAAGAGUCGUUUCCAGGAGAUCCGUGAUGUCGCCCGAAGCACGCUGAUCAAGAUUAUUGAGGCCUUGGGACAUAAUUACCUGCAGUAUGUUCUCACAGAGAUGCAGGGUGUUCUUGUAAAGGGCUACCAGAUCCAUGUAUUGACCUUCACUGUUUACCAUUUACUCUUAACCCUAAAACCUUCUUUGAAAGCUGGAGAACUCGACCCUUGCUUGGACAUUCUGAUAAAGAUUUUUAACAACGAGCUCUUUGGCUCUCUUGCGGCGGAGAAGGAUAUCAAAGGUAUCGUCUCAAAAGUAAUGGAGGCCCGUCACAGCAAGAGCUCGGACUCGUAUGAGUUUCUGGGUCAGUUCUGCAGCCAGGAAAGAGUCACACAGCUCAUUAUUCCCCUUAAAGAGAUUUUGGAGAGGACGGCCAGCCUGAAGGUGUCCCGGCGAGUGCACAGUGUUUUGAGGAGAGUUGUAACAGGACUUCUGCUGAAUCAGUGUAUGACCCCUCAGUCAAUCCUGCUGCUGAGUCACGGUCUGAUCAGCCAGAGCCUGCCACUCAUCACGAGCAAGAGCAAGCAGAAGUCCGCUCUUCCUCCAGACCCCCGACUGCCACCUCCAAGCUGCUUGCUCCUGCCCCCCACCCCGAAGAGAGGUGUAGUGAAGGCAGCCCUUAGCCGCCAGACCAAUAUACACAUUCUAGUGGACACUGGACUGAAUCUGCUCCAUGGUAGUUUGAGAAAUUCCAAGGUCAACUCCUCCGUGGCAUCAGUGCGAGAGAUGUUAGACCCAUUUGUCUUACUUCUGCUGGACUGUCUCAACUCCAUGCAUGUCAAGGUGAUCACUGAGUCUCUGCAGGGCUUCAUCUGGAUCCUGAAAUUCCCUCUUCCUGCAGUGGAGCAAAAUGCAGAACAAAUCACCAAGCAGCUGUUCGUUCUGCUGAAGGACUACGCUAAAGCAGGUGCUGGUCAUGGAGAAAACUUUCACCUCGUCCAGAAUUGCUUCAAGGUCAUAACUGUCUUAGUGAAGAGUGUGGCGAAAAACUGCAUCUCUGAUACACAGCUGCAAGUGCUGCUGGGAUACGCUGAAGAGGACAUCUAUGAUAAUUCUCGCCAAGCCACAGCAUUCGGCCUGCUCAAAGCGAUCCUUUCCAAGAAGCUGGUGGUACCAGAGAUGGAGGAGGUGAUGAAAAAAGUUGCCAAACUGUCCAUAAAUGGCUCGAAUGAGCAGGUCCGCGUCCGUUGUAGACAGAUCUAUCUGAAGUAUCUCAUUGAUUAUCCACUUGGGAAGAAGCUUAAAAACCAUUUUGACUUUAUUGUUUCCCAGCUCACAUAUGAGUAUGACACAGGAAGACAGUCUGCCCUCGAGAUGAUGGCCUUCAUUUUCCAAACAUUCCCUCGGUCUUUCCUCUUGGAGCACUGUGGACUCUUCUUUGUGCCUCUGUCUCUGGCUAUGGUGAAUGAUGAUUCAGCACGCUGUAAGAAAAUGGCCUCACUUGCCAUUAAGUCACUACUGGGUCAGUUAGACGUAACGCACCAGAACUCCAUGUUCACUUUGGUCAAUGGCUGGCUGACUGGAGAGAAGGUGGCGUUAAGGAGAUUAGGUGCUCAGGUGUGUGGCCUUUUUGUAGAAGCAGAAGGGGAGCAAUUCGUUCGCAGACUGGAUUCAUUGCUGCCUCUAGUAGAGAAAGAAAUCCAUACUGGCAACUUUGAAGAUAUUGAAGAGGAAGAAAGCGAGAAGGCUGCAGACAGGUUACUCUUCUAUUAUCUCACCCUUAUCACCAAGCUCAUCAAGGAAUGUGGCUUCUUGGAGCUCAACAAACCCGAGGACACUCUCACUAGCAUCUGGGGUCACAUUGAAGCUCACCUGCGCUAUCCUCACUCCUGGGUUUGGCUGACUGCUUCUCAGAUCUUUGGCCUGCUUUUCGCUGCUCAAAAACCAGAAUCUCUGCUGUCUCUGUGGCACUCUGAGAGAAAUGCCUCCCAAAACAGCCAGCCAGUGGCUUCCUCUUACCUCUCAACCAGCCUGGACAAGAGGAUGAGGGAGCUGGUCUUGUCGUUUUGUCACCAGCUGCAGUCCAAGUUCCUGGACAUCAGUGCUGGCGAGCAGGUAAUCAAGAACCUGCUCUUCGUGGCCAAGGUGAUCUAUCUUAUCUCGCCUGAGUCUGACUUGGAGGAGGAUAAAAAAGAAGUAGAAGAUGUGAUGAAAGAAACAGAGGAGGAGAAAGAGAGUGGAGAUGAAGAGCAGGUUGAUGAAGAAGACGAUCAGGAGCAACAGCAGAUAAUAGAGGGGCAGGACGAGGAAGAAGAGGAGCUUCGGCAACAAAAGAUUCUAGAGGAGCAUGAGGAUAAUCGCCCACCGUCUCUGCUCUGGGUGAUUAAGAAGCUCACACUGGUCGCUAAGAGAGAAGCAGCCAACACCCCCAAAGAGCCAGUGAAGAGAACGUGUGUUUUUAAGUUUUUGGGCGCAAUAGCUGUUGACCUUGGUAAAGAUCGCCUCGGCCCCUACCUGACUACCAUCAUUGCGCCGCUCUACAGAGAACUGGACAGCACGUAUGCAGACCAAGACUCGACACUGAAGAACCUGGCACAGGAGCUCAUUGAGCUGCUAAAGAAGCUGGUAGGUCUUGAGAAGUUCUCGCUUGCCUUUGCUGCUGUGCAGAAGGAGGCCUCACAGAGACGAGCCUCACGCAAGAAACACAAGGCAGUGCAGGCUGUGGCCAAUCCUGAUAUUGCUGCUAGGAAAAAGAUCAAGAAGCACCAAAAGAAAACGGAGGCAAAGAAAAGAAAAAUAGAAUUUUUACGGCCAGGGCACAAAGCAAAAAGAAGCAAACGCAGUUCACUCAGAGACUUGGCCAUGGUUCAGUAAAAUCUUUUGUGUUAAACCUUUUGUAUCUGGUCAACUUGAUUUCUGGAUGCAGUUGUUACCCAGAUGGUGUUGCAUUGCAUAAAUGUGUUUCUGUUUGAAGUUGUACAACAUGUAACAAACAAUUGUUUUUUUUUUUGUUAAUAAAUGAAACAUGCAUAAGAAUUCAAA